AUAUUCAAAACAACGAUGUUUGAAUUGGUUAUGAGUCAUUUCAUGAAUUUUUGAUCGUUAAAAACAUCGCUACAAACAUUGUUAAAAAACAGUAAUGAUGGCCACCACCACCACCACCGCGAUAGAUAUUGCCGAUCCAACAUUCUUGAAAUGUUUUCAGAAUCAUCAUUUUUCAAUCAAUUGGAUUACAUUUUCACCAAAUUCACAAUAUUUAUGUUCAGCAUCGGAUGAUAAUAAUGCUAUGCUUUGGUGUUUAGAUGAUGAACAACGUACAUCAAAUACUUGUUAUAAAUUUGUUGGUCAUAAAGAUUCGGUUACUUCAGUUGCAAUGACUGAUAAUUUUAUAAUAUCGGCAUCGAAAGAUUGUACGGCAAGACUUUGGCGUAUCAAUCAAGAUGAUAUUAGUAAUUGUUCAUCUGAUUCAAUACAAUAUCGAUGUCAUAAAUCACCAAUCAACAGUGUACAUAUUAAUGUUGAUGGUAGUCAAUUCUGUUCGGCCAGUGAUGAUCAAACAAUAAAAUUAUGGUCAACAACUUGUGCAAAUAAAUUACUUUGUACCCUAAGUGGUGGACAUUCGAAUUGGAUACGUCAUGCUCGUUAUUCAAAAUUAAAUUCAAAUCUUUUAUCAUCAUGUGGUGAUGAUGGUAAUAUUUGUAUAUGGGAUAUUCGUUCAAAAGAAGCUGCAAUUCGAUUAACAUCAAAACGACGUUCAACACAUUUUUUAGGUGUUCAAUGGCAUCCAACAUGUGAAUACAUAAUAUCAUCAUCAAGUUCAGAUUGUUUAUUAAGAAUUUGGGAUUUACGAUAUGAAAAAACUAUACAAUUCUAUCAACUACAUAAUGGUAUUGUAUCAUCAAGUGAUUUUCAUCCAAAUGGAAAUUAUUUAAUUAGUUCAUCAAUGGAUCAAACAUGUAAAAUAAUCGAUGUACUUGAAGGUAGAAAUCUUUUUACUCUAAAAGCUCAUACUGGACCAGUAAAUUGUGCACAAUUCUCUCCUGAUGGUCAAUAUUUUGCUACUGCCGGUCAAGAUCAUGUUAUACUGUUAUGGCAAAGUAAUCUAAAUACUCAACAUUGCAACAAUAAUAAUAAUGAUGAUGUUAUUAUUGAUGAUAAUGAUGAUGAUGAUGAUGAUAUACAAAGCAUUUGUUUCGAUCCAAAUCAACAAAUGAACAAAUCAUUUAAUGUAACCAAAAAUGAUAAAAAAUCCGAUGAUAUUGGUGAUGAUCAUCAUCCAUUAAAAUUGUCCAAUUCAAUUAGCAUAUUAAAAUGUAUAUUACAACAAUUGGAAACAAUGACCGAUUCAAUAUUACAUAUUGAUCAAAGAUUAACAUUACUUGAAGAAAAAUUUCAAUCGCUUUCCACUACUACUUGAUCUCUUAUAUUAUCAUUUAUUUUUUCUUUUUUUUGGUUUUGCCUAAUAAGCAAUUAGC